UAACACAGAUGCAAUGCUCCCUUCCCACUCGCGAGCGAUGAUUGUUUUGGUGAUAGCGUGUCUACUGGCCUUGGGGGCGGCGACGGAGGAGGACUCUGUGCAGUCUCUGGACGAGAAAAAGCAGGAGAAGAGAGGCAUAGAGUCCGGCCUUCACUCGGGAUAUGGUGCCACUAGCUACGAAAUUUCUGACCAUGGAUACGGCGGAGGUUAUGGAGCCACCGGGGUGGGUGGGUACGCGACUGGUGUAAGUGGGUACGGGGCUGGAGCAGGUGGGUACGGUGGUGGUGCAGGUGGGUACGGGGGUGGAUUGGGUAACAUCAUCUCUCAGCAGGUGGAGAUCACCAGGCCAGUGGCCGUGCCCGUGUACAAGGCUGUAGCGGUACCCGUGCCCCAGCCGGUGCCCGUGGCAGUGCCCCACCCCGUGCCUAUCCACGUGCCCCAGCCCAUCCCCGUUCACGUGCCAGUACCCGUGCCCGUGGUCAAGACGAUCCCCGUCACUGUGGAGAAGCCCGUGCCGUACCCGGUUGAGAAGCCGUACCCCAUCACAAUAGAGAAGAAGGUGCCUGUACCCGUGCCUAAGCCUUACCCAGUGCGAGUACCCGUUUACAAGGUCAAGCACAUCUACCACACACCCAAGGUCUACACGAGCUACCACCACUAGUCAGAUGCUCCUAGUCUAAGUCAUCAGCAACUUUGCAUCGCCUCAUCAUAACAUCAUUCACCAGCCAUUUCUGAAUAUGAUACCUCGCACUUACUUCAUAUGCACUAUCAUCAUAUUAUCAUCAUCAUAAUCAUCACAGACGGACUGAACAGACCUGAUGAACUGAACUGUUGAUUCUGGUAUCCUAAUUAUGAACCAAAUAGUCCAAUCAUCACCACUUACCGCACUUAUUGCACUGCAAUUGUUACCAAUUUUAUAUUAUUGUUGUUAACUAUUUUGCCAAAUGUUUUAUACUUGUAUAUUUGUUUAUAUGUUUGUAUAAUAUAUAUUGUUUUUUACAA